UACGCUGCGAAUGGCGGAGACGCUGAGGCGGGUGCUAAACUCGGGCAGCGCGGCUGGCCCCGGGGAGAACACAGCUGAGGCCGAACCGCCUUUGCUGCUACUUGGCGGUCCCAGCUCUGGAAAGACAGCGCUGCUAUUCGCGGCGGCCCUGGAGGCGGCAGGGGAAGGCCGAGGCCCCGUCCUCUUCCUGACUCGGAGGCCUCUGCAAAGCCUGCCCCGCGGGACUGGAGCUGCGCUCGAACCCUUGCGGUUACAGAAGAUCCGCUUCCAGUACCCACCCUCGACCCGUGAGCUCCUCCGGCUCCUGUGCUCUGCCCAUGAGACCCGGGGGCCAGUCCCCUCCCUCCUGCUGCUGGAUGGCCUGGAGGAGUACCUAGCGGAAGACCCCCGGUCCCAAGAAACCGCCUACCUGGCCGCCCUGCUUCUGGACACAGCUGCCCACUUCAGUCACCGGGUUGGGUCUGGCCGGGGCUGUGGGCUCAUUGUGGCCCUCCAGACCCAGGAGGAGGGAGACAGUGCGACUGCCCUGCAGUUGGCACUGCUUCAGAGGUAUUUCCCUGCCCAGUGCUGGCUGCAGCCCGAUGCACCAGGCCCAGGACAGCACUGCCUCCGAGCCUGCCUGGAGCCAGGUGGGCUGGGUCCCAGGGCAGAGUGGCGAGUGACUUUCCGACAAGAUGGAGAGAUGGCAGUCACCCCGUGGCCCACACAGGCUGGUGACACCAGCUUGCACAAGGAUUCAAGCUCUGGAGGCCAACCUUGAGGUUUGGAGUGUGACAACCUCUCUAUGCUUCAGUUUCCAUGGCUGGAAUACCUACCUCAGGGACAGAUGCAAAUUCAGAGACCUAAAGAUUAUAAAGUGCUUUUUCUCUCAUAAAUAUAGCAUUAUCCUGUACAUAUUGUUUAAUUUUGCUGUUUUGAACUUUGUAAAGAGUUUCAUGAUAAAUAUAAUCCGAGACUUC